AUGGCGCCUAGAUCAUCUCCGGCCAUUGGCGGCGGCGGCGGCGGCCGUGUCGCCGUCGACCUCUACCCGUUCCUGCGCGUGUACGAGGGCGGCCACAUUGAGCGGCUCGUGCGCAGCACCGCCGCCGUGGCGGCGUCCCACGACGACGGCACGGCGACGUCGGCGGCGGUGCGGCCGGCUACUAGGGACGGCGUCGCGACGAGGGACGUGGUCGUCGACGAGGAUACCGGCGCGUCGGCGCGUCUGUUCCUUCCCGGCGGCGGCGGCGAAGGGAGGAGGCUUCCGUUGGUUCUAUACUUCCACGGCGGCGCCUUCGUCACGGGGAGCGCGUUCGGGCGGCUGUUCCACCGGUACGCGGCGUCGCUGGCGGCGCGCGCCGGGGCGCUCGUCGUCUCCGUGGAGUACCGCCUCGCGCCGGAGCACCCCUUGCCCGCGGCGUUCGCCGACGGGUGGGCCGCGCUCCGGUGGGCGGCGUCGCUCGCCGACCCCUGGGUGGCGCGCUACGCGGACCCCACGCGGCUGUUCCUCGCCGGCGAGAGCGCCGGCGCCACCAUCGCGCACAACGUGGCCGCGCGGGCCGCCGGCCCCGACGGCGACGACGUCGACAUCGAGGGCGUGGCGCUGCUGCAGCCAUGCUUCUGGGGCGCGCGGUGGCUGCCGUCGGAGGAGGCGGCGGCGGCCGGCUGGCGCGACGAUGAGCCGCCGAUGCUCGCGCCGGGCAGGCUGGACGCGCUCUGGCCGUACGUGACGGGCGGCGCCGCCGGCAACGACGACCCGCGGAUCGACCCCCCCGCCGAGGACGUGUCGUCGCUUCCAUGCCGCCGCGCGCUGGUCGCCGUCGCCGAGAAGGACGUCCUGAGUGAGCGCGGCCGCCGGUACGCCGCCCAGCUUCGCGGCGGCGGGCGCGAGGUGACGCUGGUGGAGUCGGAGGGCGAGGACCACUGCUUCCACCUGUACCGGCCGGCGCGCCCCAGCGCCGUGGAGCUCAUGGACCGCGUCGCGCAGUUCAUCUCGCCGGCGAGCAGCUGCCUGCAGGCGGAGGAGCUCCAUCUCCAUGGCCGCCACCGCACGCUGUGUCAUGGCAACGCGACGGCUGCGGCGGCAACACGAUCAGGUGCACCGAGACGUCAGCUCGUCGUGUCAGGGGGACCUACUACUGCUAAGUUAGGCAGGCCAAAAACGAAAGUUUGUGGCGGGCCUGCUUGUAAGGCCCAAACUGCUCUGUGCUUGGGCCCACGAGGAAUGGGGAAGGCCCAGCGUCAUGGAUUUGUGGGCAUGGGUGGCCCAAUGCCAAGUGGGACCAACAAAUAUUCCGUUUCGUCAGCUGCUCUACGGGUGCUGUGCUGAAGGCAGAAUCAACUUGUCCUCCAUGCAGGUGCUGAAGAGACUGAUAAUACAUUUAUUUAUUACAGGACUAUUUUGUUAAAUGAUAAGGCUUUAUAUAUCAAUCUAAAUGUAAAUCUAUUGUA